UCCUCGUACCGGCGCGCGGACGAGAUCAAAACCGCCGCGAGCCGAAUCAAGCGAUCUAUUGAUCGAUCAAGCAUCAGGCAGUUGAGGUGUUGAGAAGAGAGAUGGCGGUGGCGUACCGGGCGGAGGAGGAGUACGACUACCUGUUCAAGGUGGUGCUGAUCGGGGACAGCGGCGUGGGCAAGUCCAACCUGCUCUCGCGCUUCGCCAGGGACGAGUUCAGCCUCGACACCAGGUCCACCAUCGGCGUCGAGUUCGCUACCAAGACCGUGCGCGUCGACGGCAAGCUCGUCAAGGCGCAGAUCUGGGACACCGCGGGGCAAGAAAGGUACCGGGCCAUCACCAGCGCGUACUACCGCGGCGCCGUGGGCGCGCUGGUGGUCUACGACGUGACCCGCCACAUCACGUUCGAGAACGCGGAGCGGUGGCUGACGGAGCUGCGGGACCACACGGACGCCAACAUCGUGGUGAUGCUGGUCGGGAACAAGGCGGACCUGCGCCACCUGCGCGCCGUCUCGCCCGAGGAGGCCAGGGCCUUCGCGGAGCGGCACCGCACCUUCUGCAUGGAGACGUCGGCCCUGGAGGCGACCAACGUGGAGGGCGCCUUCACGGAGGUGCUCGGCGAGAUCUACCGCGUGGUCAGCAAGAAGGCGCUCGACAUCGGCGACGACCCUGCCGCGCCGCCCAGGGGCAAGACCAUCGACGUCGGCGCCAAGGACGAUGUCUCCCCGGUCAACACGGGCGGCUGCUGCUCCGCCUAGUUGCGGCCGGCCGAGGUUGUUGGGUGACACCGUGUGUGCUAGGACAGACAGACAUGCAUGAUUCAGAGGUUUGACGGCGGCACGUUGUUGCACUUGCAUUUUGCGAUCUGAUGAUUGUUGGGUCAGACGGUUGGGUUGGUUGAUACUAUGACUGAUUGAUACUGCUA